AAUCAGCUGGGUGUUGUGUAGAGUGUGCUUGAGAUGCCCGUCUUUAGAAAACGCACGAAGACUGCCGUCUGUCUACUCGAAUACUGACAAAUAAGGUACUUGAUACAAUAUGCCACCAGAUAGACCAGAUGGGUCAGAUAUGGAAACUGGCAUGGGACUAAGUAGUACACAAGACUUUGAUUUUGAAGAAACCCUAUACACAAUGAAGAAGGAAGAGGACACAAGUGAUUUUGUUGAAACAAAUUCAACAGAUGAACUUUCUAUGUCUGAGAAGUCAAUUGAAAAAAACAGCCAGUCAGAUGAUGAUCUGACUUCUUUGAGCUGGCUUCAUCAGCAGAAUCUGUUAAAGGGUCUGGAUAUUUCAAACCCCUCCAAGGACAUGAAAAGUGAAAAUGUUUUAAAUAACAAUGUGUGCGAUGAUAUGGCAGAUUUUUCUGAAAACACCAAUUCUGUUUCAAGUUUAGAUGAUGGUUAUUGUCCAGCAGACAAUAGUGGCAAGAUAAAUAGUACAGCAUCACAUGGUAAUAGUCAAAACUAUCAGCACUCAAAUAAAAAUGGUCAAAAAUCAAUACAAAUCUUUCAGGAGUCUGUAAAAAGUCAUUACAAUAAUUCACAAAACAAUCAGACGAAGAUUUCUCUGAACAACAAUAAUCUGCCAGUAUCAAACCGCAACAAACACCCAACUCAUAUACCAUAUGAUCCUCAUUUGCAUAGAAACAGUAAACCACCAUAUUCAUUUUCUUGUUUAAUUUUCAUGGCUAUUGAGGAUAGCCCUGUAAAAGCUCUACCAGUCAAGGAAGUGUAUGCUUGGAUAUUGGAACACUUUCCAUAUUUUAGGAAUGCUCCAACUGGAUGGAAAAAUUCUGUUAGACAUAAUUUAAGCCUAAAUAAGUGCUUUCGUAAAGUAGAGAAAGCACCAAAUUUGGGCAAAGGUUCUUUAUGGAUGGUAGAUGCCCAGUAUCGUCCAAACCUGAUACAGGCGUUAUCUCGUGCCCCUUUCCCUCCCCCAGCCGCUCAAACUUUAUCCUCACCCGAAAAAUCACAAAAAAAAUGCACCAGCACUCGUCUUCCAGAUCCUAUUCUUUUUCCAUACCUCUCCAAAAGACUGGCAUCGAGCAACAUUACCGAAAACACAGAUACCGAAGUAGAUAGUGACGUAGAUGCAGCAGCUGCUGCUAUGCUUUCUUUUAAACACGGACCUAUUAUUUUAAAUCACAACAAAGAUCGUAAGCGAAAAGUACUGGAAUCUGAAGUAUUGGUUCCUGUAAUCACUAGGAGCUCCAGCGAAGAUCAUACUUACAGUUGCAUCACGUCCGUAAGACAAGAAUGUAAAUAUGUUAAGAAAGAACAAACUUCUGUUAUUCCCGACUUCGACGAGCAACGGAAGAUCGCGGAAGGCGCGGACGCGCUUUUGAAUUUGGCAGGUGUCGCCACGCCGCUCAAUCACAGUAGGACGCAGCAACAUAUACCAGGUAUUAACGCGACACCAAAGUCUGAGGGUACGUCAAAGUUGAAGAAACGUACGACGCCGAACGAUUACUCGAACCCGCCCGAGAAAAGACGUAAGCAUUGGCCAAAGUGGAGUGAAGGGAAGCGGUAUAUAAAGCAGAUUAUAUAAGUAACUUCGGUUGUAUGUGUGUAUAUAUAUAGCAUCGCA